AUGCCCGGUCAACGUCUCCCAAAGGUCGUCUUAGAUGAGCUCGAAUCUAUUGCUCCCAAGGCAGAAUUCAGCGGCAGCAUGCCACGAAUAGAAUCUUCGUCUGGAUCUCAGUAUUUCAUCAAACUUGGCUCUCCAGGAGAGGCCGAACAAUAUGAGGGAGAAGCUGAAUCUCUGAAGGCAAUGGACGCAGCGUCCCCGGGUCUGGCACCCAAGGUCCUUGCUUCUGGCAAGGAUUCGACCACCGGCCGACCCUACUUCAUAUCCCAAUACAAAGACUUGACCCAUUUAACAGACUCAGCAUCUCGAAAACUAGGGCAGAGAUUAGCGCAGGAGUUGCAUGCAUAUAAGAGCUCGUCAGGGUUUGGCUUUGGUAUGCCAACGUACUGUGGCGCUACGCGUCUCGAGAACGGCUGGUUCGAGACAUGGGAAGCGUGCUACAGCGCAAUGAUAGGUGAUCUGGUCAGACAAUUACGCAAGAAGGGGAAAUAUGGCCUCUGUGGGGCGGCAGAAGAAGUUCGGGAAAGGGUUAUACCAAAACUACUAGGAUCCAUCAGUGUUCCUCCCGUUCUUCUCCAUGGCGAUUUAUGGAGCGGGAAUACCGGAACCGAUAGAUCAACUGGCGAACCGGUAAUAUUUGAUCCAGCUUCCUUCUACGGGCAUAAUGAAGCAGAUCUAGCUAUUGGGCGAAUGUUCGGCGGUAUCCCCGGGGGCUUCUACGAGGAAUACCACAAAUAUCUGCCAAAGACAGAGCCGGUAGAGCAGUACGAGCUCCGGAGCGAACUUUACCAACUGUUUCAUUACUUGAAUCACACUCUCUUAUUCGGAGGAUCCUACCAAUCUUCUGCGAUGUCAAAGGCUAAACUCCUAUUAUCUGCGAAAUUGUGA